GGGGGGGGGGGGAUGGAGGAUGGCUGCCCGAAGCCCUUGCAAUGUUCUCCUCCACCCUUGGGCCCAGGCCUGGCCUACCUCUCUCCGGCCACAUGGCUCCCCUCCCCCACCCUGCCCAGCUCUGGCGGGCAGGGGGGUCUGCUCAGUCUCAAGCCUAACUCAAAGAGGAAGUUACCCUGGGAGAUCACAGCUUUUAACCCCUGUGUUCUCAGAGGCGUAUCCAUGCCCUCAGUGGACAAACCAGGUGCCAAUAUUAAAUCUGAACACUGAUUGGCUUGCCCACACCAUCACAAAAAACUUCAUUUCCUCUUAAACCAUGACAGUGACUUUGUUCUUUUUUGGUUUCAUUUAGGUUUGCAUUACCUUUGCAAAUUCCUGGGAAUAAGAAUAAUUUUCAGACUUUCCAUCUGUCAAGGCACAGUGACAGAAGGAAAAUGGCACCUGCAUAGUCCGGCAAUAAUCUUCCUCACUAUGUGAACUGUUGGGUGCCUGGUGCCUUCAAGCACUCUAGAGGGGACUCAUUUGCCUGUGAAGCCUCCUUCACCUUGUUCUUCUCCUCUGAGGAAUAUGGAAAUAACAGUAAAAACUAAACAGAUAAAGGACAGCAGACUCUCCAGGUCUUUCAGCCAAUUGGUAAUGGUGCAGAAUUUGUUCUUUAUUUAUCUCUUUGGAGUAGGUUUGAUAUCAGUCUUAGUAUAUAUGAAGACAGAACAUCAGGUUAAUCUCAUCAGUGGAGUUUGAUAAGAGAUACUACUUGAAAGUCCAGUUGUGUUUCAAAGUCAGUAAAUAAAGUCUUAUCCUCAGGCUUCAUGUAAGGCAAGGGUAUAAUGUUCCUUUCUACAGAAACAACCAGCACCAAUUGCUGUCAUGAGGAAAGUUGUUGUGGUAGGGACCUGUCCACCUUGGAGGUGCAUCAGAAAUGUUGUUUGCUGCCUGGUUUUUUUUGGAAGAGUGGUGUAUGGGAAGGGGGUUUGUUGCUGGGUGAUAAAAAUUAAUCCCAUUCCAAAGUGGUCAAACUUUGAACAAGCCUGGGUGGCUAUGGAGCCCAUUCUGGCUGUCUGGGCCAACAUAAAACAUUCCUCAGUGCAGCUUGGAUGCUAUAGGGACCAGAGCUUCUCCAGAGGCACCAAAGCAGUAGUGCAAGACCCUGGCAGCCCUUUACAUACCCUUCACCAAGGGCUGCUCCUUGCAGAUGCUCAGAGGAGGUCAUUAAUCAACUUUAAAUAAACCUUCGUAAGCAGGCCCCAGGGAAAUGACCUAAAGACGAAGGCAAGAUGUGCCACAGCUUAUGCUUUCCUGCCUGUACUUCUCCCUGCCCAGCCUAGGAAGAGCUGUGCCUGGGGGACUAAGCAGCUGUUCUGACCAUGAGCGAGCAGAGCCACGUCAACAGCCUGUUCCUCAACGAGGAUGCAGCCAAGCGGCUCCACGCUGACAGCCGGGUGCAGAGGUUCCAGCAGGCUGUGCACAAGCGGGCGGCACGGGCCAAGAAGCGGAUGCACAGCAUCACUGCUGAGAGUGCUAAAAGCUUCUUCAGGAGAAAUGCCUUUGUCCUCUUCACCAUUGCUGCGGUCGUACUAGGGAUUAUCCUGGCCUUCUCCCUCCGGCCCUACCAGCUGACCUAUCGCCAGAUCAAGUAUUUCUCCUUCCCUGGUGAGCUGCUGAUGCGUAUGCUCCAGAUGCUGGUUCUUCCUCUCAUUGUCUCUAGCUUGAUUACAGGAAUGGCCUCACUGGACAGCAGAGUCUCAGGGAAGAUGGGGAUGCGGGCUAUCAUCUACUACAUGGUGACCACAAUCAUAGCUGUCUUCAUUGGCAUCUUCAUGGUGAUCAUCAUACACCCAGGAAAAGGAUCUAAGGACAAACUUCACAGAGAAGGCAGAAUUGAGCAGGUGCAGACCACAGAUGCCUUCAUGGACUUGGUGCGGAAUAUGUUCCCACCCAACCUGGUAGAAGCCUGCUUCAAACAGUACAAGACUCAGUACAGCACCAGGGUCUUCACCAGAACCAUCCUCCACAGCAGCAAUGCCACAGCAGAUGUGGCAACCACUCAGAUCCCUGUGCCUGAGAAUUUCACCAGCAUCAUGGAGAAUGUCACUCAUGCCCUGGGAACCAUCUCCGAGGUGCUGACCUUUGAAGAAGUCAUUCCCAUCCCAGGCUCAGCCAACGGGGUGAACGCGCUGGGGCUGGUAGUGUUCUCCAUGUGCUUCGGUUUGAUGAUCGGCAGCAUGAAGCAGAAGGGACGGGCCCUGCGGGAGUUCUUUAACUGCCUCAACGAAGCCAUCAUGAGGCUGGUGGCCAUUAUCAUCUGGUGAGGAGCACGGCCGGUUGGAGCAGGAGGUCUGCAGGUGCAGUUUCCAUUGACAUGAUGAGAAGUGGGGUAGCUUUAAGGAUUUCAUGCACAAGGCAAGAAAAGCAGAUGGGCACAGCUCUACUUUGGCUCCAUCAAGCUGGAGGGAAAAGUCUGGAUGGGAUAUUUGUUCACAUUUCAUUUCCUGGUUUUUUUGUUUUUACCUCAGAAAUAUCAAGUACACCAGCACUUGCUUUUUUUGAGGCUUCUGGAAACACCCUUGGAAGACCAGAGAGCUGGAGUGGAAGAUCUCUUAGCCUUACAAACAGGACUAGAGUGUGGGGCUUUCUCACCAAAAGCUUUCCUUCCAGCUGUGUUCCAGGAGUCUGACUUAGCUAUGAAUCACAGUAGCCCUUUGCCCCUUUCCUGCUUUUGGGGUGGCAGCUGUAUGCAGUAAUGCAAUAGCUCUGAGAGCUGAGCUGGGUUGAGAGGAUCAUCUCAAAGUUACUGCCUUUCAAAUCCUUCCCAGAUCCUAACUCCUCUGGAGCUCAGCUGCUCAUUGCUUUCUGUGUAAGGCUGCCUAUGACACAUGGUGCAGACAAAGAAAGCAUUGCUGAGACAAGUCUACUCUAGAAGGCAGCAUUUUACCAAAUAUUGUUAUUUUAAGCUUUUUACCCAGUUAGGGCUCAAACUUUUGUCAGGUACUGCAAAAUAGGACAGAUGCAGCUUUGGCAGAAUACAUGCAAAUGUCUGACAGGGAAGAAAUCUGUCAGCCUGACACCCUCUCCCAUUUUAGAUCACUCCAGCUUCCUUUCCUUGGUCUUAUAAGUCACAGUCUUGUAUCUCAAAGCAAAGUCCCAAGCACAGCACGACAGGCCUUACAGAAAAAGGCACAAAGGGGAAGAAUAUCCCUGAGCUCAUAGGAGAUGUUGGGAAGCCCCACACCCCCGGGAUCUUUUACUCCAUGUCUGAACCAGAAUUUGGGGCUGUGCUUUCCAAAGAACAGGUAAGUCUUACCUGGGGGCACAGAAGUGAGAGCAUGAGCACAGUGGAACAAGUAGACAUGCACACUACUCCAGAGACCUUCAACACCCCUCCUUAAACCUCCGUUUAGAUGAAGGAAGGUGGGGUGGUUAUGUAUAGAACAUUGGUUACACUUGGGACACUGCCUGUGCAUGCCUUCCGGUAGCCACAGUCUGCAGACCAUCUCCCAGGAGGUUGUUUUUCCUGGGGAGAUCUGAUCACUGGCUGCAGCCAAGGAUGUGUUCUAACAGGAACGUCAGAGGAAAUGAAAUAUUUAUUAAAUCCUCUCCUGAAACUUUUCCAAACCUCCCGGGCUAAGAUGGAGUUUGGCAUGUGGAACUCUGAGCCUUGUGCAUGAGGUGCAUGUGAGCUCUUGAGCUGCAAAGUCCCAGCCUUGAGAGAAGUGGCCAUGGAGCUAGAGUUUUCUUUGGUCUGAUUAUUAUAUUAGUGCCCAUGAUUUUCUCCGUAUCUGACUUAUGUCUUCUUUUCUGUGGAACCUCAGUGCUGCUUGUCAGCUGCACUGUUAUGGACAGGGGGAAAUAGACACGAGGAAUGGAAAAGAUAGCAGGAUACCUCAAAAUGGGUUUUACAUGAGCCAUGGCUGUUUUUACAGGUGUUGGUGUGUCUAGUCCUUGUUACUCCAGAUCUGGAAUCCCUAGGUGUUCAUGUUCCCUAAAUGUGAGCAUCUGAAGAUAGCAAGGCUGAUAUCCCAGAGCCUAUAGUAUACUCUUGCUUUCAUUCCCUGAUUCCCUGUUUCUCCUGUACUUUCCUGUGCCUCUCAGGAAAAAAAAAUAUGGUCAGCCCAAGCUGUUAGGAGAAGAAGGGACUCUGAAGGUUUCUCUACAUAACCUUCCUUAUCAAUUCUAGAAAGAGUGUUGUAGAAAUGUAGAAAACCCAAAAAGAGGAGGAAACCACCAUUGCCCAUGCUGUGUGCAAAACAGAGUGCUGAGGUCUCCAGGCGUGCACCAAGAGCUGAUUUUUGACCAUGGGAUAAACAAGUCCCAACUCUCUCCCGGUUUCUAGAAAAAAAACCCAGCAGUGUAAUCCUGUGAUUCGGCUCAGUGAGCACUUAUGGUAUGCUGGUUUAUUGGGGAUUUAUCCAGACAGCAUGUGUUAAAUCUGGUGUGAAAGUGUGGGAGCCAGUCCUGACCAUCGGCCUUGUGUUUCUGUCACAGGUAUGCUCCAGUUGGGAUCAUGUUUUUAAUUGCGGGCAAAAUCCUGGAGAUGGAUGACCUAGCAGUGAUGGGAGGCCAGCUGGGGAUGUACACACUCACUGUGAUUGUUGGACUCCUCAUUCAUGCCCUUUGCAUCCUGCCUCUGCUCUACUUCAUUGUCACUCACCGAAACCCCUGGGUGUUCAUUGCAGGGCUCUUGCAGGCUCUCAUCACAGCCCUGGGCACCUCCUCCAGGUAUGAUGGCUAUGUAGGAGUGGAGUCUGGGCUGAAACUAUGUAGAUACAUCUCAGCACUCCAUUGCUCUCAAUGCAGCACUGUGGUCUCACAAUUCCUAGCACUAGCAGCUUUUUGCAGUGAACCAGCCAAACUCAUUUGGGAGUGGGAAGAUUCUCACUGCCCUGCUCAGGAGCCCUACUCACAUGACCAGCUCUGACCAUCAGUGAAUGGCCCAUAUUCCUCCUGACCAAACAUGAGGGUGACUUUGCUUACCACUGAAUUGCUGAGCUCAGGACAAAUAUCCUGCUGAAUCACAGCAUUAUUCCAUGUGCACAUACCUCUCACACACAUGUACUUGCAGAUAUUUUCACGUCCGUCUCUCCCAGGCACACAGACUGUACGCAGCUGUCAUUAAACUUCCCAGAGACCUGGGCAAAGGCAUCAACACCAGUAUGUUCAGUGACUCACAAUGCCAUGUUGCACAGCCAAAGCAAGGGAUGGUAGAUAACUGUUGUUUCAUCAAGUGUUAUGUUUCUUGUUAUACUAGUGUCCUGGCAAGCACCCAACAGGCUCUUCCACAUACAUUCUUAUACCAAAACACACAGCAUUUUUCCUGCUCAUGUUCUCUUUCAGAAACAUUUCUUUGCUUUCUCUGCAAGAUAUAUUCUCAAGCAUGUAUCACUCUUGAGAGGGAUGAGAAGGGGCUAAAGUUUUUUUAAUAGCAGAAAAAGCAGUUCUGGUCUUGACACGCUACCCUAUGUACCCUGAAUCCUCCUUCUUUUGGUUUUAUACCAGCAUCAUCAGCCUCAGGAUUAUAGAGCCCCUGUCCCAACCCCCUGAGAAAAGUCAUGUUAGAAUGUGUAACUGCAGCAUGCAUCAUAUGUGAAGAAGCCUUGCUUCUCUUCUUUCCUCUAGCAGCUUCCGGCCUCUGGCCCACAUGGCAGGGUGAAAAAGUAGGCAGGUAAAGUCAUAAACCAGGCAGAGGCUUAGUCCUUCUUCCAAAAUCAGCAUACAUGCAAUUCAUGUGGUUUUGUGAUGUAUUAUUCACAGGGGUCUUAGGAUGAGGGAAGAGAUGAGAAUUUUGACUCUAUGUUUAGAAGGCUUGGUUUAUUCUUUUAUGAUAUAUAUUAUGCUUAAAACUAUACUAAAAGAAUAGAAGAAAGGAUUUCAUCAGAAGGCUAAGCUAAGAAUAGAAAAUAAAAGAAUAACAAAGGUUUGUCUCUGACCGAGACAGUCUGGACACGUGGACUGUGAUUGGCUAUUAAUUAGAAACAACUAGAUGAGCCCAAUCACAGAUCCACCUGUUGCAUUCUACAGCAGCAGAUAAGAAUUGUUUGCAUUUUGUUCUUGAGGCUUUUCAGCUUCUCAGGAGGGAAAAAUCCUAAAGAAAGGAUUUUUCAAAGAACAUGUCGGUGACAGUUAUGUAAAUUCCUUUCAGCUCAGCGACUCUGCCCAUAACCUUCAGGUGCCUGGAAGAAAACAAUGGCGUGGACAGGCGCAUCACAAGGUUUGUGCUGCCUGUGGGAGCCACAAUUAACAUGGACGGCACUGCUCUGUACGAGGCCCUUGCAGCCAUCUUCAUUGCACAAGUCAACAACUAUGAACUUGACUUUGGGCAAAUCAUCACAAUAAGGUGACUUUUAAAAGAGUUUUGGGACUACAGAAAGUUUUGUUGGCUUAUCUGAGGUGUGAUCAGAUUCCUCUUUUGCUCAAAAGAUACAAUAAGGAAAAAAAGUAUGGGAAAGAAGGGUUGUACUACAGAUCCAGGUGUCAAAACACAUGUGGACACCAUGUCUUUGAGGCUCCACUUGAACCCUUCUCACAUGUCCAGGUCUUAGGAAAAGCUGUGGUGGGUUCUCUUUUAUGAGGGGGUGUCUGGCAGGGUCAGCCUCACAUUGUGUUGAUGUCCCAUGUGUCACUAUCCUUCUUCAUGACCAGGGCAGAAAGGCUGCCAAGACAAUGAUGAGUUUGAGCUAAUUCCUGACAUUUCUGCAAAUGCGACUAGCUCUUUUCUUCCUUUUGCCGAUAGCUCUGCUUUUCCGUUCUCUCCAGCAUCACUGCCACGGCAGCCAGCAUUGGAGCUGCAGGUAUUCCCCAGGCAGGACUGGUGACAAUGGUUAUAGUGCUGACAUCAGUGGGGCUGCCUACUGAAGACAUUACACUGAUCAUCGCUGUGGACUGGUUUCUGUAAGUUCCUUGCCCA